GACCGACCCAGCCGCAGCGGAAGAUCUUGCUGUUGAUUGUUGGUUUUUUUAUUUAUUGAUAUAGUUUAUAUAAGGGAAAAUGACACAAAAUGCGUUUCUUCCACUCUACACCAUCUCAAGAACACGUCUAUCAGAAACAUUUCACAAAUCCUUCAAUCCUACCGACAUUGACCUCGUACGACACACUGUGUCUAAGUAUUACACUAAGGUUUGAUACACAGUUCAGUUUAAUAUUAUGAUUUACUUAAAAUAUUAAGAGGUAUGUGUCAGUGCAGAUAACAAGAGAAGGUCUUUGAACGAUUGGGGAGAAUGAUUUGUUAAAGCAGGCGUGCACAACAUUACGGCCCGCGGGCCACAUGUGGCCCGCCAGCACCCACUUUGCGGCCCGCGAAGUAACGAAAUAUUCUUUAUUAUUAUUUUUUUUUAAUAGCUUUUCUUCCUUGUCCUAUUAUCUUUCGACCCGCCCAAGUUUUUGAAAAAGGAUUACGGCCCGCCUUACAUUUUGAGUUGUGCAGCCCUGUGGUGAAAGAUAAAUCGCAUAAUCUAACUUACCGUUUGUUGGUUUCUCUAAGGGAGCUGGACACAUUUGGUAGCUGUCUGAUGCACAUUGACAGUUGUGAUUCAGGCAAAGAGGAAGUAAGUUGGUCAUUAUAACAACGUAUUCAUAGUGUGACUCUUGUGACCCGGAGAAGCCGUUGUAAUGUGGGUCUAUUGUUUGGGCCCUUUUGUUAUUCAUAAACUACCAAUUGUUACUCUGACAAUGAAUGUGUGCCUCUUCCAACUCUGAGUGGUUGGCCUCAGUAUCUGAAAGAUUACUGUGUACUUUAUAAAUCAAAAUAAAUAAAUUAUUAUAAAUCAAACACUUUGUAGAAUACUGUCAGAGGGGAAGGGGGGGGGGGGAAAUGAAGAAAAUAUAUUUCAACAGAUUAUGUUCUUUUAAUUAAACGCGUGUUGAUGAAAAAAAAAAAGGGGGGGGGGAUAUAUAUUCCUUUCGCUACAAUUUACUACAAUGGAAGGUGCAAUAACUUUAAUUUCAAGUUUAUAAGCCUACUAAAUAUCCAGUCAAAUUAACUUAUGACUUCAUAUCCCCAAAGGUAGUAAAGACAAUCAAUGAUGAGAAGAUAAGAUUGAAGAUGCCGGAGUGUGGUAAAAACUAAAAAACUUUUUUUUUUAAUCAUAAUUUUUUUUUUUUUUUUUGUUAUUUUAAAUUCUAAUUUUUGAUCAUGUAAUUGCUAUUUUUAAAUAAUUUAGCAGUGCCGUUUUAAAAGGUUUGCUUUAGAUGCAAAGAAGCAACAACAAAAAUUCUGCUUAAUUUUGUUCGAUGUUUUUUAACAUAGUUUUAAGAACAUAAUUUUUAAGGAUAUAGUUCUGAAGGAUAAUAUUGUUUAAGGAAAUUGUUUGUUAUAAGAAUUUGAACACUGAGCAGGGCAAACAAAAGGGGUCGUAAAUAAUUUUUUUUUUUAAUUUUCAGAAACACCGUCUUUGAACCAAGGUGUGAGAAUCAGUGUAGCCAUCCACCUGGUUUCUCUUCUGGCUACCCUCGUCACCAUGGGAUCGAUGUCUUAAAUCAACGACACAUCUUUAUAUCACCUUGCCUUCAUAGCAAGGAAUAAAUUACCAUAUUUUACGCGCAUAAUUAAGUUAUCAAAAUAUUAAAUCUUAUGUAGUUUUGGAGUUCUUAUUUGGGCUGUAGUUCAAUGAAAAUGUAUAUAGAACAGAAUUUUGCCUAAAUUUUGCUGAUCAUUUCGGAAAAAGGUGGGGAAAUUUAUCAAAAUUUGUAUACAUGAUACUAAUUGAUUGUUUUCAUUAUCUUAAUAUUAUGUAGCAAUAUCAACAUUAUUUUUACAUUUCUAGAGAGUCUAUAUAGCAUAUUGAAAUGCUAAGAGUACACUUCUUUAUAAAACAAAUAGUAACGUGAAGUGUUUUGGAUUAUACUUAAAAAGUCCAGAAAUACAUUUAUUUUAUUUUUGUCUUGUUCAUCUUUAUUCAAUUUCAAUCAUUUUUUUUAAAAAUUGCCAUUAGUUUGAUAAACAUUUUGAAUGGGGUUUUUUAUUAUUUUGAAACAAAAUUUGUUAAUAAAUUUAAAAAGACUUUGAAAUCUAUAAAACAAAUAGAGUCUAUAUAGUUUUUGGAACAUCCGUCUAAGAAAUUUGACAAAUUAUUGACUUUUAGUUCCUUAUAAAGACACAUUUUCAGAGUUUGUCAUUCAAAGUUUCAUGUGAUUUAUUUGUAAUUGGUUAACAUUUUACAUUAAAAUAUAUUUUUUUUUUACUUUCUCUUCAAUUCCAUUAUUAUUUUAUUAUCAGCCACAUAUUUUUAUUUGUGGCGUUUCUUAUGCACUGUAAACGUUGUUUUCAUACCAGUCGCUUUAUAAUCAUAUUUAAUGACAUCAUUUCAUUUAUUAAUCAUCCCAAUAUUCUAUUACCUUUGUGUCUUAAAAACAUAGGCCUGUGAUUCUGAGGCCCUCAAUCAAGCAUUAGAAUUUCAAUUUCCUUUUUUUUUUCUUCUUUUUUUUUUCUUAACACAUAUUUUAUUUAAUUUUACUAAUCUAAUUGUCAUUGGAAAUGUAUUUGUUAUGUUUAUUUAUAAUCUUUUUAAAAUUUAUUUGACACUUUUUUUUGUACAUGCAAAAUGGCGGCCAUAAAAUGUAAGCAAAUUUCAAUUUUCAGACUUAUAAUCUUCAUCAUUCACAAUAGAAACAGGACAAUCAUUUUUUUUUAAUAUAUAUAUUUUUUUAAAUUUAAAUUCAAAUAUUUACAGUUUACAUUAAAUCAUUCGGCAGAAUUAAACAAUUUCCCCCAAAACUGUUAGUAUUGCUUUUUUUUUUACAAUGGGUUUGAUAUAAAAUAUAUUAGCUAGGUGAUAUGCGCUCACAGAGUUUGCUGAUCAUAUAAUUCAAAGCUUCGCACGCACAAACAAAAUGUAAUAUGACAUCGCUAUCAAAGUCAAAGUUUUUAUACAUUUUUAUGAAACAUCGUCAAGGCAAAAUGUUGGUCAUGCAAAGAGAUGACUCAGUUAAUAAAUAAUUUAUAAUAAUAACUAAUAAUUAGGUGGCUCAGAGUUGAAUCGGUGACAAAUAUCCUCCAAACCAAGGUCAUUUAAAAAACACUUGGUGUUAAGAUCCCCCCCUUCCCUUCCCCCCCACCCCCAGAGUUUAUAUUUAGCUCUACUUUAACUUUUCUUUUUUUUUUUCUUGUUGUUGUUGCUGUUUUCAACUUAAAUGAAUAGGAUCUUACAAUCCGUGGUUGACUAAGAAUAAGUGAAAUUAGAUUUACACCUAAUAUAAAAAAUCAUUUGCAACAGAUGCGGAGCCCAUCGAAGAAUUUAUUUAAUUUUAGUUCCUAGAUUUGAGUUAAAAAUAUAGUCUAGUACUUUGUUGUUGUUGUUUUUUUUUUUUUGUUGUUUUUUGCGGGUUGUGCGUGUGUGGGGGGGGGGGCAAAAAAAUGUAGGUGAUGUGUUUUUUUUUUUAUUUUUUUUUUUAUUAUUUUUUUUUUUUUUUUGUUUUUUUUUUUUUUUUUUUUUUUUUUUUUUUUUGGGGUUGUGGGUGUUUGGGGGGGGGGGCAAAAAAAUGUAGGUGAUGUGAUUGGGUGGGGCAUGGGUUUAAAAAAGGAACAGCAACACUCAGGUCCAGUAAAUAUGUUGUUGUUUUUUUUUAAUGUUGGCACGUCACAGUUUAGCUUUGUGUUUGUUUGUGUUCUUACGUGGUAGAAGAUUUGACACGGAGUUACUGGGGUUAGUAAUGGAGAGCUUACUUUGCUACUUUCAACCUCCUAUUGCGAAGUCUUAACAUCUAAAAAAUUCCAAUUUAUACGUAUGUAACCGAAUGGAGUUUCGAUGUAUUGUAUCCGUUAACAAACGACAAUGUUACAUUGGUAUAUUUAGGAAACAGUAAAUCACAAUGUCUUAACUUUUUUUUACUGAACUGAUGUUUACGUUACUAGCAUCAUGGGAUGCUUGACAAAUGUUUUUCUUCUUUACAAUAUAUACUUCCUUAACCUUUGCGUGCCCUGUAUUACAAAGAAAACAUAUUUUCUAAACAAAACAUGGGAAACACAUCUCAUAAUUUAUUUAUUUUUAAUAUCUAUGUACCAGUAUAAAUAUGUUAUGUAACUUUUUAAGGAUUUUCAUAUAUUUUGGUAUCUUCAUUCAAAAAUAUGCCCAACCUAUGCCUCGCUCCUGAACUGUAUCAUCGGGAAGUCGUGUUUUAUAAAUAUAUUUAAAGAAGAAUCUCUUAACGAAGUUUCAUGUUUGUAGCAGUCUUGUGUUUUUAAGAACUAUUCUCAUGCUCUUAAAAAUUUCUUAUGCCCCUAAAAUGUAUUUUACGCAAAUUGUAAAAAAAAACAUUUCCGUUACUUG